AUGUCUCCUUAUCUCUUUGUGAUUGCUAUGGAAUAUUUACAAAGGGAGAUGAACCAACUGGCCAUACAAAAGGAGUUCAAAUACUAUCCUAAAUGCAAGAAGCUGGGAGCAACACACAUAUGUUUUGCUGACGAUUUGUUAAUGUUUUACAGGGGUGAUAUAAAUUCAGUUACUAAAUUACAGGAAACUUUUAAUAGAUUCUCAGUUGCAUCAGGGCUGCAAGCAAAUGCAGAAAAGAGUUCCAUAUAUAUUACUGGUAUAGCACAACACAUAAAGGAGCAAUUGAUAGAGCUUACUGGAUAUACAGAGGGCUCUUUAUCAUUUAAGUACCUGGGGGUUCCAUUGUCGCCAAGAAAGCUGAAUAUUCACCAAUGUCUAUCACUGGUAAAAAAGAUAACUGAAAGAGUAAGAUGCUGGUCAGCCAGGUUGCUUUCAUAUUCUGGGAGAAUUCAACUCAUCAAAUCUGUGCUGUUUGGAAUACAAACAUAUUGGGCUCAAAUUUUUUUGUUGCCAAAAAAGAUCAUGAAGAUGAUAAAAAUCAUAUGUAGGACCUUUUUGUGGACUGGCUCAACAGAAUGCUCAAGAAAAGCUUUGAUUGCAUGGGAUAAGUUAUGUCAGCCUAAAGCUACAGGAGGUUUGAAUGUUAUAAACAUGAAGAUAUGGAAUAAAGCAGCACUACUGAAACAUCUCCGGGCAUUGGCUAUGAAGAAAGAUACAUUGUGGAUCAAAUGGGCUCACAAUUAUUAUAUAAAGAACAAAGACAUUGCAGAAAUGGACACACCCAAAGCAGCAGCAUGGGUGAUCAGGAAGAUCAUUGAGGCAAGUGAGGAUGUGAAGCAGAUGAGGUCGGGACAGAAUAGCCUUAUAUCUACAUUGGAGACCUUAGUAAAGCAAGGCAAGUUCCAAAUCCAUAGAGCUUAUGUUCAAAUGCAUCCUCAAUUUCCAAAAGUUAUGUGGAAAAGCAUUCAUUUACAUACACAUAUUCAUCCUAGAUUCAAAUUUCACCUAUGGCUGGCUAUUCAUCAAAGGCUAGCAACAGUAGAUAGACUCAUGAAAUUUGGAAUUCAAGCUCCAUUAGAAUGUGUGUUCUGUGCAACCAACAUGGAAGCUUUUGAGCAUCUAUACUUUGGCUGUCCAAAAACUCACAAACUAUGGGACAGAGUAUUGAAAUGGCUUGGCAUCACAAGACAGAUAGGAAGCUGGCAAGAUGAGCUGAAUUGGAUGAGCAGAUUGGCAAGUAGGAAGAACUGUAAAGCAGAAAUGACUACAGCAACUUUCGCGAUGGUAGUUUACUGUAUUUGGCGCGAAAGGAACUCGAUUAGAUUCAACAAAGGCAGAUAUAACAUGGAUGAAGUAUGCAAGGAAAUUGCUAUGCAUAUACACAUACAAGGGAGAAAGAAGACCAAAUGGCAAAAGGAAUUGGAGAGCUUAAACAAUUUUCCUUAG